AUGGAACUCAUUGCCAACACACUGAGACUCAGCGAGAGCAUCAGAUAUAUUCCAGAGCGACUAUCAGGUGUUGUGAUGCUGGCUCCAGUUGGAAACCCGUCUAAGGCCGGGGACGUGAGUGAGAUCGAGGAAGAUGGAACAGAUUCUGAGGAACUGUUGUCCGGAUGGAGGUUCCUAGCACGAGUUCUUGGCAUCGGCCGAUUUUUUCCCAUUCGAAAGGAGUUGAAGAAGAAGAUAACAAAGAUACACAAAGGAUUGUAUACGACGGUAGCUGACAAGGUAAGGAAAGGACUUUCUGUUUUCAGUUUUCAGCCAUGAUGCGUGUCUUUCAGGAAC